AUGACUUCAACCCAGAGGAGACUGUACCACGUUGCAGCAUUCAGCUGGUAUGCAUUUAUUGUGAAGAGUCUCAUAGCGAAGGAAGGAGAGGAGUUGCCACCAGGAAUCUUUGUUUAUGGAGGGCCUUGGAAGUACCUUACUUUUUUAAAUUUGUUACUACAAAUGUCAUUCUUUGGACUGGCCACCCUGAAUGACCUACACGCUGGGGAAAAAUCAGAGAGCACCCUGAACAGAUGUAAAGACUUUCUCUUCUCUGUCUUUGCCUUCCCUGUGGGCAUGUUUGUUGUUCUACUUUUCUGGACGAUCUUUGCCUAUGACAGAGAAUUGGUCUACCCCGCCACUAUUGACACCUUCUUCCCUCCCUGGAUAAACCAUGCUAUGCACACAUUUGUCCUGCCAAUUUUACUUGGAGAAGUGCUGGUGCAGCCUCACAUCUUCCCACAGACUAAAUAUGCUCUCGCAGCAUUAGGAGGUGUGGGCUCGGCUUACUUAUUUUGGAUUGUAUGGGUGUACUUGUCAGUUGGGAUUUGGGUAUACCCCCUUCUUGCGCACUUCAGCACUGCAGGUCUGGUGGGCUUCUUCUUUUUUAACAUGUCGGUGGUGACAUUGCUCUACGUGCUAGGAGAUAAGCUCAACUGCCAUGUUUGGAGUAAGAGGCAUUGA